UCCCACCACUUUUUUCUCACAAUCUUUACCCAUUUCGCCCUUUGCUGGUCGGAGUGUUCAUGUGAGUGAGUAUCAUUCCAUCCCUUCCUUUCUUUUCUUCCACAAUUCUCCAUCAACACCUAACUCACAAAAACAAAAGUGGGUCUGCUUCUUUUACCUUUGUUCUCUUUGUCCCACACUCCAAAAUCCAUUCUUUUUUCAUGGAGAAUUAGCAUUUCCUUGCAAAAAACAACAUGAUUUUCAAACUAUUUCUCCUUCUUCUCUUAGCUCCUGCUGCUGUUCAUUGUUUAGACACUGUUUUCAACGAUGAUGUUCUCGGAUUGAUAGUCUUCAAAGCAGGCCUUCAAGAUCCAUUGGGUAAACUGAUAUCAUGGAAUGAAGAAGAUGAUACCCCCUGCAAUUGGUUUGGUAUCAAAUGCAAUCCUAAAACCAAUAGGGUCUCUGAGAUUGUUCUUGAUGGCUUCUCUUUGUCUGGCCACAUCGAUCGUGGCCUUCUCAGGUUACAGUUUCUUCAAAUACUCUCACUUGCUAACAACAAUUUCACUGGCUCAAUCAACUCUGCUCUUGCUCAUCUUACAAGCUUACAAGUUCUUGAUUUGAGUGACAACAGUUUAUCAGGAUCCAUCCCUGAACAGCUCUUCCUGCAAUGUGGAUCAAUAAGAGUCAUUUCCUUUGCCAGAAACAAUCUCACAGGACAAAUCCCACAAUCCUUAGCCUCAUGCUUUUCUCUAGAGAUUCUAAACUUUUCAUCAAAUCAUUUAUCUGGGAAAUUGCCAUCUGGGUUAUGGUAUUUGAGAGGGAUUCAAUCACUAGAUUUCUCAAACAACUUGCUUGAAGGGCAGAUUCCUUCUGGGAUUCAAAGUUUAUAUGAUUUGAGAUUGGUUAACUUACAGAAGAAUCGUUUUUCUGGAAGGGUUCCUGAGGAUAUUGGUGGCUGUUUGUUUUUGAAAUCAAUUGAUUUUAGUGAUAAUAUCCUUUCUGGGGUGCUUCCAGAAUCAAUGCAGAUGCUUAGUUCUUGCAGUUAUUUGAAUUUACGAGGGAAUUCUCUGAUGGGUGAAGUUCCUCGUUGGGUUGGAGAGCUUAAAAAUCUUGAGAUUUUGGAUCUUUCUGCUAAUAACUUCUCUGGUCAAGUGCCAAGUUCAAUAGGAAAUCUUCAAUUGUUGAAGAACUUGAAUGUUUCCAUGAACUAUUUUACUGGGAACUUGCCUGAAUCCAUGGCGGAUUGUAAGAAUCUUUUGAGUAUUGAUGCUAGCCAUAAUCAUUUGAAUGGGUAUCUCCCAGCUAAUGUUGGAGAGCUUAGGAACUUGCAGUUGCUGAAUUUAUCAAGAAACCAUUUCGUGGGUUCUGUUCCUGAUAGUAUUGGUGAGCUAAAAUCAGUAUAUGUUCUUGACUUCAGUGAUAAUCAAUUGAAUGGAAGUGUUCCUGUUGAAAUUGGAGGAGCUAUCUCACUCAAGGAGUUGUGGCUGGAGAGGAACUUACUCACCGGGGAAAUUCCUAUCUCCAUUGACAAAUGCUCGUUGUUAACAUCAUUGAUGGUUUCUCACAACAAUCUCACAGGCACAAUUCCUGCUGCUCUUGCAAAUCUCUCCAACCUUCAAAACGUAGACUUGUCUUUCAACAAACUCACUGGAAGCCUGCCCAAGGAGCUCACCAAUCUUUCCCACCUCCUAUCCUUUAACAUCUCCCACAAUCACCUUAAUGGAGAGCUCCCAGCUGGGGGCUUCUUCAACACCAUAUCUCCCUUCUCCAUUUCACAUAACCCAUCUCUUUGUGGUGCUGUCGUCAACCGGUCCUGCCCCUCCGUCCACCCGAAACCAAUCGUCCUAAACCCGAACUCUUCCGAUACCAACGCCAAUUCCCCCUCCCACAAGCAUCACCAUGAGAUAAUACUAAGCAUAUCAUCCAUCAUUGCUAUUGGUGCAGCUUCUUUUAUCUUACUUGGUGUGGUAGCUGUGAGUAUCCUUAACAUCCGUGCAAGGUCCUCACAGGCACGUUCUGCUGCUCUUGCAUUAUCUGCUGGGGAGGAUUUUAACUGCUCCCCAAAAACUAACCCAGACUAUGGAAAGCUAGUCAUGUUUUCAGGAGAUGCAGAGUUUGUGUUUGGUGCUCAAGCAUUGUUGAAUAAGGAUUGCGAGCUCGGUCGAGGCGGGUUUGGAGUUGUUUACAGAACCGCGCUUCGAGACGGUUGUUUAGUUGCAAUCAAGAAGCUAACUGUCACAAGCUUGAUAAAGUCCCAAGAGGAUUUUGAGAGUGAAGUGAAGAAGCUGGGGCAGAUCAGGCAUCAUAAUCUGGUGGCACUUGAAGGGUAUUACUGGACAACCUCCUUGCAGCUCCUCAUCUAUGAACAUGUCCAAAAUGGAAGCUUGUAUAAACAUCUACACGACCGAACGAGCGACGAUUGCUUGUCGUGGCAGCAGAGGUUCAAGAUUGUUCUUGGGAUGGCCAAAGGGUUGGCUUAUUUGCACCAGAAUGAUAUAAUUCAUUACAAUUUGAAGUCGACCAAUGUCUUGAUAGACAGUUCUGGGACACCAAAAGUGGGGGACUAUGGCUUGGCAAGGCUGCUGCCAAUGUUGGACCGUUGCAUCUUAAGCAGCAAAAUCCAAAGUGCUUUGGGCUAUAUGGCUCCAGAGUUUGCCUGCAAAACAGUAACUAUAACUGAGAAAUGUGAUGUGUAUGGCUUUGGCAUCUUGGUUUUGGAAGUGGUGACAGGAAAAAGACCUGUGGAGUACAUGGAAGAUGAUGUUAUAGUGCUCUGUGAUAUCGUGAGGGCGGCUUUGGACGAUGGCACAGUCGAGCAAUGUGUCGAUGAGAGGCUUCGAUCGAACUUCCGUGUUGAGGAGGCCGUUCCUGUGAUGAAACUUGGUUUGAUAUGUGCUUCUCAAGUGCCAUCUAACAGGCCAGAUAUGAACGAGGUUGUCAAUAUAUUAGAGAUGAUCCAAUCCCCAUGUGAAGCUGAGGAGGGCUUGGAAUGAAUCUGGAGAGUUGAAUGUUCUUUUUCAUUUCAAUGAGUUUGAUUUACAUGGUUUCAUUGUAAACUUGUUUGUAGCUGUUUUGUUCAUUUCCUUAAAGUGCCACUAUACCAUAUUCAUUUUCACCAUGAAACAUUACAUAGUGUUUCCAUAAAUUAUACACUU